AAAUGUCAACCGUUGUGUCAAACAACGCACAGGGUAAAAAAGUGAUAAAAGACUAUUUUCCACCACUAUACAUGUACUCCAAGAUGCAGUGUUGAAAAAGUGCAUCGGUGAAUGGACUGCAUUUAACCCAGCGGAGCAUGAACACCCUGAAGGCACCGUCGCUACACUCGCUGCUGGAUUCCGACCAUGGGUCCAACGAAAGUUUGCUGGCGGAAUCGCUCCAGCUCGACAUCGAAGAGCUGGAUGACGAAGAGUACGCAAUCCCGGCCGUCGACACACUGCCAACGCUGGAAAGUGUGCUGAGCGAAAUCGACAGCGAUCUGGACAGUGUUUCAGCGCUCGGUGUAAGACACUCGAACGGAAAUGGAACCGGAACGCAAACAUCCCUCGCGGACGAUGAUCUGAUCCGUGGCGGAACCACACCAACCCCUUCGCUGGAGGAACAGAUGAAGCUGGAGUCAAUUCUGCGACAUGUCGUGCUGCACGGUGUAACGGCCCAGCUGACCUCGGCCGUCGAUCGUGUGGAUGCUGGGCUAGCUACUUCGUGUGCCGUGUCGAUGAUGAUCGCCGUAGGUACGUCGCACGGACACAUUCUGGCGUUCGAUUGUACGCAAACACUGAAAUGGUGCUGCCAGGAAGGAAUCACACAGGGAGCCGUUUCGGCGAUGGCAUUCAACGAGGACUGUACCCGUUUGCUGGCAGGAUUCGCUCGAGGCGCUAUCCUCAUGAUCGAUACUCAAACGGGGGACGUCAUAAGGACGCUGAAUGAAGUCAUCACGCCGAAUACGGGCGUGCUGCACCUGAAGUGGACGAACAGGCCCGCGCUUGCGUUGUGCUCCGAUUCGGGUGGAUCUGUUUGGAGUUUGAACUUUACCCGCCGACUUGGCAUCCGGGGUUGCGAUUCCCGGUGUCUGUUUAGUGGAGCGCGUGGAGAGGUGUGUACCGUCGAACCGUUGCUCAUCGGUGACGAAGAUCAUCCACUGAAAACGUAUACCAUAGUGGCACUGGCAACGCUAAGCAAGUUCUUCGUCGUGCUGAUACGGUCACGGUUAAAAGUGAUCAAGUUUCAUCCGAUGGCAGGGUAUCCAGAUUGUUUGCCGCUUCUCGCCUGGCAGAUGGUGCUGAUUCAAGCGGCCGAUUCGACGAGAAGCAUAGAUCCGGUACUGGCUGCGGCACGCGGAAGCGAUCUGUUCUUCCAUCAAAUCAUCUACAACAGUGGGCGCAUCUCGUUGCUCUUCCUGCGGCACAUCCAGCUGUCGUACAAUCUGCUCGCCAUCCAUUGGCUGGGGCCGAAAUCGAUCGCCUGCUUGGAUACGAAGGAAACCCUGCAUCUGUCCGACGUCCGCACGAACCGAGAGCUGGAGGUGAUUGACCUUUCGAACGUCGGACUCAUGUACAACUCGGCACAGUUUAAGGGAUUGGCCACGGGUGGCAAUGUGUCUCCAGCGCUAGCCUUAGCAGGUGCAGCCGCCUGCUACAAUACGGUAGUUUCGCAGGGCAAUCAGUUGUACUUGCUGGGAGGCAAAAGUCUGCACGCAAUAAAUGCCCGAGCCUGGAGCGAUCGCAUAUCAUACCUUACCUCGAUGCAGCGGUGGGAUGAAGCGAUCGAGCUGGCGAUCGAAGGAUACAGGGCGGCGGCCGGUCGGCAUCGCAGGCUGGUAUCGUCGAAGGAACGAAUUUUACGCAUGUACGAGGAAUAUCUGAGCGUCACCAAGAAAACACCGGAACUGUGCCUCGAAGCGAUAGUGGCGUGUUUGAUCGAAAUUCAGGAAAAGCAAUUGCUCUGGGAAGAACUGUACGAUCGACUUCCUUCCACGGACCGUUACCUUCAAAUCGUAGCGAAGCACAUCGAAUCCGACCAUCUCGAUACCGUAGCACCGAGCGUGGCGCAAGUCAUGUGUGACUACUUCUGGAAGAAGGGCGAAACGGCCCGUUUGGAAAACUUGAUUCUCAAGCUCAACUGGCAGUGUCUCGAUCUGCACCAGGUGCUCACCAUUUGCCGUAAAGAACGGCUCUACCGAGCACAGAUGUAUCUGAACACGAAAGCCCUUGGCGAUUACACCAUUUCCCUGACCGAUCUCAUACCGGAGAUCGAGCUAGCGACGGACGACCUGCAUCUCGGCAACUGCAUCCUGGUGUACAUCUCCAGCUGUCUCGCUGGGCGCGGCUAUCCAGCGGGCGAGAUUGCUCCGGAAACCAUUCCCACCGUGAAGCACGAGGUGUUGCGCUGCCUGACCGUUACCCACUCAAAGAACGCCCCGGAAGACGAGCUUUCGUAUCCUUACCUACGCAAACUCCUCCAGUUCGACACACGCGAAACACUGAACGUAAUUUCACUCGCCUUCCAGGAGAAGGAAUUCAACGGCGAACUGGGUUUGUCACAGCGUCAGCGCAUCAUCAACAUCCUGCUUGAAAUUUUAACGCCCGAACACGCCACCUGGUCACAGAUUGGAGCGCUGCUGAACUUUAUCGCUCAGCAGAUCGCUUCCCGAGAGCUGCCAGAAAACGAGCUUCUGUUGGAGAAGGUCGUCACCUACCUGACAGCCCCCACGGAUGUUCCACUGUCCAGGAGGGAACACUUCGAGCGCGAACAAACGUGGCUCGAACUGCUCUGCUCGAACUGUCUCGACCACAUUCCGACGGAGCGGUUGCUCGACAUUGCGCGGCAGAACCGGUGCUACCACGUAGCCGAGCAUUUGCUGGAGCGUUUGGGCAAAUAUGAGGAAAUUUUUGAUUGCUACCUGUUGGACGAGUUCCGACGCGUGCAGCUGUUUGCGUACAUCGCACAGCACGCGACGGACACCCGGCGCCAGAUAUACGCGCUGGUGGUGAAGAACCUUUACCAAAUAGUGGACAUAAACUGUGAACAGGCGGUGCGCGUGCUUGUGGACAGCUUCAUGCGCUAUUUGAGCCAUUUCCUGCAGCUGCUGGAGCAGGCAGGCGUUCCGGAGCGUCUGUUUCGAUUUCUGGAAGCGCUCCUCAAGCAAUCGGUACAGCUGGAGACGACGGAUCUGGAGCGGUACCUGGAACUGCUUUGUCAGUACCGCCCGGAAGAGGUAAUCGAUUUUCUCAAAUCGAACGACUCGUACCGGUUGGAUAAUGCCGUCCGAACGAUCAAGCGCUUCGAGCUGAACGCUCCCUUGAUCUACCUGUACGAGAAGCAGGGCGACUACCAGUCGGCGUACGCCGUGGCCGUCGAAACGCUAAAGGACGCGCCCGAAAGCGCGUCCGAAAUGUGCGCACUGCAGGUCAGCGCUCUCUGUACGCGUGCCUCCUCCGUGCUGACGGAAAGCGACCGGGAACAGCUAUGGUUUUCGCUGCUUCACAUCGUACUCGCCCGCAACGAUCUCACCUCGAUCACGAAAAACAUUCUUCACUCGGCGAGCGAGUUUGUCGACCUGUCCAAGCUGGUACAGCUGGUGCUAACAUCCGGCACCAACACGGGCAACUUUGGGGACAUAAAGCAUCUGCUGAUCGGGAUGCUGUCCAACUCGGCGUACGAAACGCUGCUGCUGCAGACGACGUCACGCAUAUUGGGUCAGGAUUUGCACGCCAUGUUGGCCCGCGAACGCCGGAUAGCGAUGCGCGGGCUGGCCGUUAAGUCGAUCAAAUGUAUUGUGUGUCGGUCACGGCUUUACAACACCGAACGGCAACCGGUGGUCGUGAUGGGCGAUUGUGGCCAUGCAAUGCACCAGCAGUGUGCCACGAACUUCUGUACCGUUCCGAUCGAUUCACCGUCGGAGGCUCGUGUGGCAGGAGCAGAAGCGGACACGAAAACCGGGCCAACGUCAACAAUGUAUCGGCUAAAGUGUCCGCGAUGUGAUGCGGUGGUAGAGGAAGAAUGCUCCAUCCGAACGCCGGAAUGCUACGCGGAGAGUGUUCCGUACGCCGAUUCGAGCGCCGACAAAGGUCCAAGCACGCUGAAACUGAGUGCUCCUCCACGGGUGGGUUGAGAUACGAAUCGCAGGCGGCUCAUAGUCGGAAACGCGCCCGCUGAUCCGAUUUACUAGUAUAAUUCCUACCAAAACUACUACACGUACUAGCUACCUACGUCUACUGUUAUACCGUUUAGUCAAUACCGUGUACAAGAAAGAAGAUAUUAUUUAUGUUGCAUUUGUUGGCACGAGCUGGUUAGGCUACCCCCCAUUCCGGUAGCGAAUGUCCGAUCGACAGCAAAACAGAAGAACUAUGCCAAGCCAUAGGAACGAUGUAAUGUUUCGACAGCGGAAAAGAGAAAUAAACCUUGCCGUUCAUUCCUUUCGAAUGGUGUGGCGACUA